AUGGAUACAGAUAUUUUAAUUGAGAAUAAGGACUAUUUAUAUGGUGAGGAUUUUCUCGAUCAGUUGUUGUCAAAUGACUACAAAUGGUCUUCUCUGUUGGAUGCGACGGAUGCCUCGCCGAGCGAGAUCCUGGCUGACGCUGCACCUAUCUUAGUACCACCGAUAUCACCAAUUCUGAGUAUUAAGUCAUCAGAGGGCAGCAGCAAUUCUGAUUCUGGGAGUGAAGAUGAUUCUAAAAACAGUUCCAGUGGCACAUCAGCUAGACAAUCGUCCCAAUCACCUUUUGAUUGGACUAAUUUUAGUGAGGAACCUACCAAUAACUUGAAUCUUGAAGAUAUUGAACUGUUCCUACAAAAAACUGCUCCCAAUCCUGAUAACCCACCGUUACACAAAGCACUGACAAAUGGAAAAUCUCCUGAGAGAAAUGGACCUGUCAUGGCUAUUGAAAAUGGUGUUAUUAAGGGCAUUAAAAUGGAGACUGAAGACUGUGAUAGUGAAAUAAGGAACUCUUAUUCUAAGGUACACAAAGGUAAUGGUUACCAUCAAAAUUCUUACUUCAAAGUGGUGAAUGAGAACACGAAUAAUUCUCCAACUGACAAUAAGAUCGCUGUGAAUGGUCAGAUUCAAUUGAUAGUGGAACAUAAGAAAGUGCCCAGUAUUUUGAAAAGGCAUUCCAAUUUGACCACGAAGCCACCCAGUAUUAUUAUCCCGGCGGACAGCACAAAGGGUGGGAAGAUUGCCAUAUCGCCACUGACUCAAACCAAGUUUAAUGGUGCCAAGGAUAGUCAAGUUCAGGUAACAUCACCAAGAAGCAACAUAGUAAUCAACCCUAAACUGACAGUGUCCACCAAUGGUACCACUCCACAUAUAGUACAAAACCAUGUGAUACCUCCUUAUGCUGAUAGUGAGGGUUCAAACAGCCCCACGAUAGACCUCUCCAACUUCAGUGAAGCUGAGAUCAAAGCUAUCAAGAAACAACAGAGGAUGAUUAAGAAUAGGGAAUCAGCAUGCCAAUCCCGGCAGAAGAAGAAAGAAUACGUGACUGCGUUAGAACAGAAAUUGUUUGAAGCACAGCAAGAGAUCGCCAGGUUGCGACUAGAGAAUAAACUGCUUAGGGACCAACUCGAAACAGGCGGGAGGAGUCGAAAGAUGCCGCGACUCGACGCCUCCCUGCUAAUACCGAAGAAGAACAUAGCUGUUAUAUUUGCUAUGGUCUUUAUGGUAUCGUUAAACUGGAAUGUUCUAGGGUGGAACGCAAAGCCUUUUGUCGGGCCCUCCGCUCCACACAGAAGCACAAGGCAUUUACUAUGGUCAGAGGACACCGCUGUAGAUAUUGUAAAUGAUGACUUAACAAACGGUACAUACGUAACAGACUGUCAGAAUUCGACAGUGAAAGCUACAGACUUCGUGAACAUCAACCAGACGGAGAGCAUACGGAUAGCGGGCGAACUGAAGCGUUGGAUCGGCGGCGGCAAGACGCUGAACUGGACGUAUGAUGUUCCACGGAAGAAACGACAGACUUACCUUAGUGAUGAGAAAAUUAAUGGUGGUUUAUUAGAAAGCUACAGGCUGUUCAACAAACUUCAUUUGGAAAACAACUUAAUGGACUUCCCUAGCAUAAGAAAUCACGCAAAGACCGUCAAGGACAAGUCGCGGUUACGUCGUCUUAGGAGGAAUAAAGACAUAGACUUUGCAGAAAACGCGGUUAUAGACUACGAAACUCUUUACCGUAAGCCAAUGAGGAAAGCGGUCAAUGAUUUCAAUAUGGAUGACUUGGGAGAGUGGAAUGCCUUACUUGAAGCGUUACAUAGGCGGGACGACACGUUCUACAUUGUAGGUUUUGGUAAAGGAGAGCAUUUGUUGUUACCAGCCGUCUCACACAAUGUCACUAGGCCGCCGAAGAUGGCUCUGAUCUUGCCCGCUAGGAGUGGUAAUGAUUCUCUAAUGAACGACCACGUAACGCUGAUGCAAAUCGAUUGCUCAGUCGUCAACACAACACUUGUAAAGUUAAAAUCAGACGCCUUACCAGAAAGCCUCAGGAAACCUACAAACGACCCAACAGUUCAACAAGAAGAGAAACGUGAGAACACUUCAACUUACUACAAAACAAACAAUGAAAAUAUUGAUAUCAAUCUCUUACAAAAUUCUAGCAAUAGGAUAUCAAAUUAUUCAAAAAAUCAGAAUGUGCCACAAAAAGUAGAUGUAGGCAAAGAUGACUUAUUUGCUCAGUACUUAUUCUCUAAGUACGAAAACUCUAAAGACAGCUCGGCUAAAAGGCCUCGUAGUAAAAAUACUGUUGAGAAAAAAGAAAGCAAUAAUACUAUAAGUUCAACGUGA